AUGGAGACCGACUUGAAUCGAACGAAGAGUCUUGCCGCCGACCUCCCCGAGCACAUCUUGGCCGAUUCAAUUCUCUCAUCGUAUUCAGUCAAUGAAUAUUACAUCUAUACUCAGACACGCUCAUGGAGGCACGGCAGUUUGGCGGGACAUAUAUCGACGCCGACAUUCCGUUGA